GUGAUCGAUCAGUAUAUUUUUGCAGUCAUGGGAAGGUGGAUGUAAAUAAAUAUUGAUUUAACGAGACGGCUAUUUUUCGAUAACUAAGAUUUGUUGUUGAUUGUAAUAAUUUUUUCUUGAUUAUCGACUCAUUUGAUUAGUGGUUUCAUUCAUAAUAUCUUUCCAGUUCUUUGUUUCAAGUGAUUGGAUUUCGAACGUAUUGAUUUAUUAAAGGUUAGUCGCGAUCUAUCGAACAUGUACGAACGAUGUCUUUGGAUCUAGCCGAGGUUGUGGAGGACCUGAUCUGCACCUUCGAGGGACACGGAGACGCCACCAUGGACACGCUGGCGAUGUUCGUAUUCGGCUGGAUCCUGGCCGCCCUCUUCGUACUCUGGGUCGGCAAGUUCGUCUACGCCAAGGUGUCAGAGAGGCUGGGAGAGAGAGAGAAGAGAGCGGAAGCGUCGAAGACUGCCGCCGACGCCGCGGACGCCAAGAAAGCGGCGCCGCUCACGAAGAGCGCCUCCUUCAAGUCCUCGCCGAGUCCUAGGGCCGGCUACGUGCCUCCCACGCCUCCCGUUAGGAAGCGACUGACGAGGGCCAGUCCAGGGCCGGAGCUGAGGAAACCCGCGAAGUAUAUUCCCGCGCCGCAGUGCACAGGGCCGGACAACGUAUGUGUGUUGUGGGUUAACGACGUUUUUCAGUGGUUGUACAACGACCAUUUGGUGGUGUCGGAACUUUUGGAUUGCUGGAUCAGAUCCUUGAAUGAGUACAUGAAGAAGGCUGCUCUCGAUCAAGGUAUCACCGUAGAACUGAUCAGGAUUCUUCCUGAAACAAACCCUCCAGUUAUAGGGAACGUAUUCGCUGAGUGCGAUUCUAAAGAUGACGUGACCAUAACCUGCGACUGCGAAGCAACGCCUGCAUUCCAAUUGAAAAGUCUACGACAGAAAGACGAAAAGACCGAGACGUCCCACUUCAGGGUGAACGUCAACAGAUUCAGGGCGAGACUGAACAUUUUCUGCGUUACAGAAAAGCUACAGGCGGACGUCAAGUGCGAUGGAUGGCCCGAGAUCAAGGUGGCUCUGGCACCAGUGGGUAACAUCAAGAACAGCCUGGACGAGAAUCACCUACAGGAGGUUAUUUCGGAUAUAUUUGUGAAUGCUGUGAGGAAUACCGAGGUUCAUUUGAAUUUGGCACAGUACCCACAAUGCCCCAAAUUAAUCAGGCAUGUCGAAAUGCCAACAGGACACUUCCUCCCAGUGCAUUAUGAUAGUAUGAACAAAGCAUUCACCUCGACCCCAAACCAUGUAACCCCAGAUUCUCCGAUGAUAGGCCCAAGUAGCAGGAGGUUGUUGGUGAAGGUUGUACGGGCGGCUCAACUGGGUGGGCCGCAAGGCUGUAAAGACCCGUUCUGUGUGAUAGAAAUGGACGAACCUUCGCAAAAGAACCAAACAUCGGUGCAAAAAGGUACAGAUUCGCCGAGCUGGGACGAACACUUUUUGUUGGAUGUUACCAGUAGUACCUCGGAAAUUCUGUUUGAAAUCUACGAUCACGCUGAGAACCCUCACAGGUUCUUAGGUGUUGGAAUAGUUGGUGUGGAAGAAUUAUUGAUCAAUCCUUCCCAAAGGCAGAUAAUUUCCCUACAGGGCCGUCCAUAUGAAAGUGACCCAAUCACCGGAACACUCACCGUAGAGUUUAUGUUUAUAGAAGGAGCAGAUAUACCCUUUUUAGGAGAGAGCAGACCAUACAAAAUCAAAGAAACCAUACCAAACACCACGAUAUCCAGGAACUUGAACACAAGCAGCAGUAAUCAUUCGUUUAGGCACAAUGAUAAUUUAACGAAUGGACAUUUGAAUGAUUCCUUAGCGCACAGAGAUCAUGGACUGAAUAGCACAGAAAAUAAUACAAUCAUUAUUCAUAGUGUACAAAAGCAACCAUCACAAAGGAUAGUUAAGGUGGAACUAGUGAACGGAACUUGGAAAGAGAUCGACGUGAAAGAAGAAGAGCCGAACGAAGAGAAUCCAAAAAUUUCCGAAGAUAGCGGAGUUUACACAAACGGGGACGCUUCCAAUGGAAAAAUUUUGAGUGAUUCUACGCUUGAUACUACCGACGCUAACACUAGUGCUGAAACUGAGAAUUCAGAGCAAGGUGCAGAUAGAUCCCCUGUGAAGGGUGGUGCGUUCGCAGUUACCGACGAACCUCCUCCUCAGGAGUUCAGGGGGAGAGCGAAGAAAAGGAGGGACUUCUUUGGGACAAUCAAACGUAGGUUAGGAAAAUCGAAGAAUCGAUCGAAGUCGGCGGGGCCUGAGAACGACGUUGGGAGGGAUGAUUCCCUAAAUCGGUCAAUAUCAGCCGAUAGGAAUAGAAAUGAUAGAUACCAAUUGAACCUACCUGGCCAUAGGUCCCUCGAAGAAACUUCAAGGAGAUCAAGUCUUUCGGAAGCCUCAGGUCUGAGCACAGCAUCGGGCAGAACCUACGUGAAUGAAGCGAGUACUCUUGUCCUUGAGACGAUGGAGAACGGGAUCAAGAAGCAUUAUUUAGUACCUCUGUCGUUGGCGCAGAAGUCCAAAUGGCGUAAAAAAGGCAUCAAAUUGCACAUAUUCAACGACCACACGUUUAUAGCUAAACAUUUGUCAGGAAGCACAACGUGUCAGGUAUGCUUGAAAAGCAUAGCAAGGCGGAUAGGCAAACAGGGAUACGAAUGCAGAGACUGUCAGAUGAAAUGCCACAAGCACUGCCAUGUCAAAGUGAAUGACAAUUGUCCUACGUCCACAAUACACAACAUAGAAUUGUCCAUGCUUCCGGUGUUGAGCGAAUGAACUAUGGUCCUAUAUAACGAAUCCGUACACUGACAAGAAUCUACGAAUGUUGUGACAGCACAUAUUUAUAUAUUGUUAUGACUUUUACCUUCAAAGAUUAAUACGCUACAUCGCAUAAGCAAUUAUAAAUCAGCAAUGUUAAAGAUAACAUUAUUUUUCAUUACAAAUAAAUCGAUGACUAUUUAUAUAGUGUUUUGAGCUCUAAUGUUACAAAAUAUCUACUUAAUUCAACUUUAGAUAUUCACUCUUAGAUUCUAACAUUUUUAAUGUAUUAUUUUUUGUUAUAUUUUAUUAUGUAAUAUUAUUUUAUACAUUGGUUGAGUUUUAUUUUAAUAUCAGAUUUAUAUUUUUGAAUUUUAUGUAUACUUAAGAUACUGUUGAGGUUGUACAUUUUUUUCUUGUUAGUGUAAUUGGUAAGUGCCUGUAUUUACUUUCUCUCUAAAUAGUUUAAAACAAAGAUGUCUUAAUAUAUUGAUACCAAGCAAGAAGUGAUUUGUGAACAAUAUAAAGAUUGUGUAAUAAAGGUGCACGAGUUUUC